GUGAGCUCGUCAACAUCAACAGAGUACGCACUUGGAAAUGCUUGAGUGCGUGCUGGUGGUGUGUUGUGGAACGAAUAAAAACUAGAUGGAGAAAGAGGUAACGAAACUUACAUUAUGUAUUGUCAGACCUUUAUGAACUUUCCUCGCACAACUCGCAGACUGAAACAGAAUCACGACAGCCUAGAGCUUUCUUGGAACUAGGUAUAGCAGACUGAAUGUCCUACGCUCUGUAGUAGAGUACAAAGGACGAUCUUCGAAAAGCAGCGGUCCCUACAUCAAUCGUCGAACGUCAUCUUUCCUCUUGCGGUCCGAGCCCGAACAACAGUCGUGAACAAGGAUAAAGACAAGCGCGAAGCUCGAUAGGCAAUCCAAACUCCCACAAGCCACUACUUUAUCGCUCCAUUCGACAUUACGAAUGACAAUGAACCAACGAACAACCCAGCAGCGAACCUAAAUGAACAGGCGACCGAAAAAACUGAAACAGUUUUUAAUUAAUACCAGUAGAGUUGUUCUUGUAAAUAGAGACAGAGGUAGUGGUAGAUGACAUAGUAAUUCUAGGGGUCCACGUCCAGAUUUUCAAUAGGGUCACACUAGAAAGUUAUGGGUUAAGAAAGAACAAGGAAGCGAACCCUUAAUGAAGCGGAAUUCCACCUUGUGACGCACGUUUAUUUCGGGUUUCGUCUGUUGACAGCACCUAGUUAAAGUAAGUUUAAUGACUACCCCAUCACUAGUUGAGCUUCACUAUCCCCCUCUUCCCCCCUCCUUUCAACAAACUUUUGAGCUAUUUAUGUCGUUAACUUUGGUUGACGUCGACGCAGCUGAUUGUUGUAGCCAAUUACGAACAUCCUUUUAUUGCCACUGAUGCAGUAGGAGAUAGAUUUAUCGUAUCCUGCUGGGGCGGCGUGACGUGGAGCACUGCGACAGCGGAACUGCUUGCAGGAUAGGAAAGGCAAGUCUUUUCUGCGUUUCAGUUUGUUUCGACACGGCCCAGCAUAUGCUAACAACCUCUUACCUUGAGAUAUGAACGGGAAGCAAGGCAAGUGUGAGUGACUUCCGCAUCUGUUCUGUACUUUGGCUAUACAUACAUACUGAAGUGCAGGAAGGGUGCUGGUGUGCCACUAUCAGAAUAAAGACAUUUCGUAGAAAGCUACAGCAACGCCGUGACUAGAAAGAACUAUCGUAUUGAAAAAGUACAACCGCGAUUGUUACAUUUAUCCUAGUGCGUAUGUCUUCGUUUUCUUUCUCGAGUUUCCCUUUUUCGCUGAGUCUGCGUGUGGGAAAGCUAGUAUUGGUGAAGAUUCUAUUCUUCAAGAGCCACUCCCUUUUCUCGACUUCGUGCCACGUCACAUUUACGUAAAAAUACCAAUAGACACAACAUAAGUUACUCGUAGUACCAACUUCGGUUUGACAGAACACCUUUUCCGAUUGCGAUCGCGGUUUCCCUGUCAGCACUCCAAACGUCUAAGCAAACUGUUUCCACGACGGAUUAUUUCAAUCACAAUUUUUUGUGGCUGGUGAUACUUCGCCAGUGCGGAACAAUCUGCUUCGAUUUUUUUGUUUUGAAUACACUCACCACCAAAAUUAAUUAGCUCGCAGAUGUAGCAAGCAAUGGUAGCUCGCCGUGAGAGGACCGCGUUCCAGGAGGAAGGUAGCAAAUUUGCGUGGUGCGCAGUGGGCACCCCGGCUGUAGUAUAGAUAAGUACGUUUUUCAGGUAUUCCGUAUUUGGUAAAGUUGGAGCGCAGGUAAUACAGUUCUAGUAGUUCUUUAAUAGUACAACUUUUGUUUUUGGUCCGUCGUUACUUUUUGUCUAUCCCUGUUGCCGGACGCUUUUCUGCAGUCCGUUUGGCAAACUACUUUUUUGGAAAAUGAAACUUUUGUUUGUACGAAAUGUAAAAAGAGUUGCUGUAGUUUAGGAUUGUGUUUGUGGAUAUUUAAUCUUUUACGUAGAAUACUUUUACAUUAGAUAGCCUUUCUGUGUGAAAUUUGUUUUGGCAACAAGAGGUAAAAGAUAAGGAAUAGUGAAGCGGCCCUCCUUGGUCUCCAGGGAGAGAAAGGUUUGAUUGCCUCUGUUGCCAGUAAAGGUAACGCACAUUCAAGAAUAGUCUAUAGUUUUUUACUUGUAGCCCAAUGGGCUGGGGAGUUAAAGCUACAUAAUCUCGUUGUACGCCCGUGUGUUGCGACUUACCUUACCUAACCAUCAGAUUUUGAAAAAUAUUCACCUAUUUUUCACAAAUGUGGUUAUUCUACACGGAUAAAGGCACGACCGUAAUCGAUGCUCUUUCUUCUCUCGCGAGGGUGUCGAAAUUGCAGACGACAUCGAGGGAAAAGCGGAGGUGACAAGGCCUACAGCGCUGCGGUAGAAGACGCACGUGCGAGGACACCUAACACACCAGGAGCUUCAUUUUAUAAUCUGCGGGUCGCGAGACCAGGCUACUGAGGAAGAUAUAUUUUCGCAGCGCGCUUGGCCAAAGUGGCGCACGCGUGCACCGAGGAUUUGGAUGCCAGGGGGCUGGCGCCGGUCGUUGCUUUUUGAUGAGAAAGAAGAACUACGAUGGUGAGUAUCAUCACCUUCGGUAGACCGAACAUGGUGUUGGUACUCCAGAUCGUGGCAGCGACCUUGCUGCAGGAGGGUUUGGUGCAAGUCGUCCCCGGCCUGCAGCUGCAGAAAUCGAGCACGACGUUGCGGCCACUGCAGCAGCAAGCGACGGCACACCAGCAGCACCAUGGGACGACCCAGAUGGCAACCACGUCGGGGCAGCAGGUGAUGAGUAGGUCCGCGGCGACAAGCUCGCUGCAUCUUUCCAUCACGCCGAGCAGCACCGCAACAAGUGUAGGAGGACUAGCCGCGGCGCAAUCAGGAGGAGCACCGCUGUCAGCCAGGUCGAGCGGGCACACGCAGCCCCUUACUGCGGUCGCUGCUGCCACUGCCCCGAGCGCUGGAUCGAUCUCGGUAGCUUCCACCUGGCCCGCAACGCUUUCGCCCCAGAUGCGCGCAAUGUUACAGCAACACGUCCUGUCGGCCCAACACACACCAGUACCGGUAUCGGAGAACGGAACUCCGGUUCUGGGCGCAAGUCUCUCUCCCAGCCAGCAACCGACCAGUCCUGCCUCCUCAGGCAGCAUCGGCAGCCAGCCGCUGCAUACAACGGCAGGCGGGCUUGCGCACCAGCACGGCCAGCAGCACCCGCACGCAGCUGCGGCUUUGGCCGCGAGCCUGAGUCAACAGCAAAUUCACAGCAACCCGGGGACGGUGGCGACGACGCCGGUGCUAGGACCGAGCGCGCAGCUGCCUCACACGGGUGCUGUGCUGCAACGGAUGGUCUCGGUGCCGGUUUUGGAUGGGUCCGGAGUGCCAAAGACUCACGGCCGUGGUUUUGUCCAAGUCGAGCACCAAGGGCCACCGCGGUUGCAGCCACCGCCAUUCUCUCUUGGCGCGCCGGCGUCGGUCACGCCCGCAGGGUCGGGAAUCGCGAGCAAUCGGUCCAUUACGCCACCACCACCAUUGGUAGGUGCGCCGCAUCCGCAGUUCGCGGUGGUUGCAACCACGACGGGAGGCUUUGCUACGAAUCCCGCAACUGGAGCUCCAGCUGCCGCUACAGGCAGUUCUGAUGGUGCUUUUUUGAUGAAUUUAAGUUUCACUUCGAGCGGCGCGCAACAGCAGCAACAGGGCAGGCGGAUCGUCACUGACAGCAUCUCACCCCCGAAUCGCGUGCUCUAUGCUUCUGCGUCGCAGCCAUCUGGCGGAACUUUUCUAGCAGGUGCACACGCCGGCGCGCCUCAACUGCAGCAGCCCUUGUCCGCACGAGCGAGCGUGGGUGUGGGCACGACUAGCGGCUCCUUGACAGUCCGAGCACCGCCGCCGCCCGGGAGGUUGGUGCACUCGAGGACGUCGACGGGCGUGUUUCCUAUGUCCGCCGACUGGGAGCAGCACAGCCACGCGGCCGCGCGGCAAAGAGGAGCUGUUUCGGUGCCAGUGCCGUCUCGAGUUCCACUUGGAUACGCGACUGCUCCUGUAGGUUCGAUAGCGCAAGCAGGGCAACUGCAUGUAUCAGGCAUUCCAAUGUCGGCUUCUCCGGUGGAAGCGCCAUCCCUAUCACCGCCGCAACUGGCAUCCGACUCGUCCGCUUCUAGUUCUGGUCGACGUGAUGAGCGUGCUGGCCAGCCGGAGGAUCAACAUGAGGCAGACUCGCGGACGGCCUGCUCUCCAGUGCCGGAAGCCGUAGACGAGGUACUUCAGGCGAAGCGAUGUUUCAAAAUCAGACCUCCGCCCGGGUCUCCGCCCCGAGGACCAGGUCCGAACCGCAGUGACAUGCGCUAUUUCGACCACAGUGACCAGGCUGCACGGGUAAGAGUUCCUACCACGCCAGACCACGAUCUGAUUUCGCCACUGGUAGGUCCAGCUCCGGACCCUAUACCCCCUGCGCAGCGAGGCUGUGUUAUGGCGGCGAUGAUGGCUGUGCAGGGCAAGCUCGCCCGAGUUAGCGGACAGCAACAAAACUCCAGAAGCCCCGCUGGGUCCUCGGACGUUGUAGAUUUCGACGCGAGCAGCAGAACAGGUGAACAACAAUACACCAGUGGGAACAAAACCGCAGGACAAGAAGACCCUCGUGGGUCGUACUCCAAAGCUGUGGCAGAGGAACAACAACGGGUGGAUGCGGCAGGAGGCAAUAACACGCUAAACGAAAGCGCACUAGCCGACCUGAUGUUUGAGAAGUGUGCUGUGUCGCGCGAGCGUUCGCCGGAACAAUUGUCUUCCCCUCGAGAAGAUCCAGGGGCCACGGGAAGUUUCUGGGGGCGACAGUGCAGCGCAAUGUCGUCCGGCAGCGGAGGGGGCGGGAAACUUGCGCGGAACGCGUUCUCGUGCAGUGCGAUGAGCCAACUGGCCACAACCUUUCUGCAGGGUGCGGGACUUGGAGCCAGCGGUCCUGGAGCGGCUGACCGAAAUGGCGGUGCUCCUCUGGCCGGCCCAUCGCCCGAAGUAUUUAGCCGCGCGCGAUCUUCGCCCUUGCUCGCUACGAGCACAAUGGACGAGGACGAAGACGCUGACGGAAGAGAGCCACAAGUCCCGCAUCUGCCACCACUGGAACUCCCCGAAGCGGCGGUGCCGGGGAGUCUCAUCCAAGCGCGCGGACUGCUUUUCGGAAACGGAUCACCGCGCGAUGCGGUCGCGGGCGAGGUCCAACGUAGGCGGCACGCUAGUCCGGAAUCCGAAAGGGAAAACGUCCGCGAGCGGAAGGGCGAGGACAGCGCAGGAGCGGAGAGACAAGCUAAAAAACAGCCACUGUUGUUGCCAGGAUUGACAGCACACGAGGGUAGUUUCGUCGCGAGACCGGAUGCGCAACCAGACUGCCUUGACGAAGGCUCGCGCGGACGAGGAGAGGGAGCACCAGAGCAGAGUAGCAGCCCACACGACCGUCAGGAGGACAGGCAAGUUGAUUACUUAUCGCCGCAAUUUUUCAGAUUCGGUGAGGCACUGGCCCAAGAAGGGGAUGCGCGCUGCUGGACCGCUUCGUACCAAAUGUAAAUAUGUGCUUGUCCAUCUAUGUAUGAUUUUGGAAAAUUUUCAUAAUGCAAAAUUGAAGUGAGAGUGACCAUUCAUCACCUGCAGCUGCAACUCGAAUGCUUCGACGUAGCGAUGACCAAUACGCAAUAUUCAGGUGCGCCUUCCAACAGUGUGGUCUCAGACCCUGCAGUCCUUCUGAAAACGGAGGCGACGGCAUGGUGCGACCGCCGCGUCAGGUAACGCGUGAAAACAAGGAGUCUUCGGAAGGCGCAUGCGAUCCAGACCGGAUGUCAGACGGGGAUGAGGACUGCAUGGUGCAGGGGAAAUUUGUGUUGAACCUGAAGGACAAAUUGCAGCACCAUUCGUCUUCGUCCGGUCGCGCCGUGCCUGGCUGCUCCCCUUCGGCGCGCACAGUCGGCGACGACCUGGCAGAGGAGCAUUUUCGGUCGGAUGAUGAGAUGGACUACCAGCGGCUCGCGGAAUCCUUGAAGGAUAUCCCGGGGGGAGAUCAUUUUGAGGAGCCGACCAUGCAGUCGCCAGAUUUCAGGGACGACGCCAGCGAGCGAACGGACGACCCGGAAGCUUCGGUUGUAUAUAACCGAGGUAGAAGUUCUACUAACGCUGGCGGACGAGCUAGUACUUCUCCGGUCAAGGAACUGCCUACCGCGCGACGGACCUCCAAGUUGUUCGGAACACUGCCAACGCAGGGCAGGGUACUACUGCUUUCUCACCCACAAAAAUCGCGUGAAACGAACUGUAUUUUUGUAUGCAAGUGCUUUUUCUUGUUGACUAAAAACGAUCAUUUGUUGUACUCUCAAACAAUCCAGCGCGGCCGUGCACGGGGAGCCGGCGGUCGCAUGUUACCAAUACCGUUGGAUGCGGGAUCCAGUCCUUCGGUGCAGCAAACGACUUCCGCAGAAACGGUCUCCGGCUGCUCCUCAAACACUCCGAGCUUCGGGAAAAAGCGACCAGCGACCGACGCGGAACUGGAGACGCACUCCAAACGGAAAGCCAAGCGACACGCCAGUCGGGCGGCGCGGCUGACGGUGCACGUGGACCAAAAGUCCGAGCGGACGCUGAUUGGCGGACGGCACAAUCGCCCGCGGACGGUGUUCGCCGGCGCGGUGCACUACACCGUUUUCCACGGACCGUCCCACCAGCACUCGACGCCCGGAUCGACCGCGUCGCCCGCCUCGGGCAACCACCAAGACCAGCAGCGCAAGAACAAGUCCGGACCCAUCCAGCAGGAGGCAAUUCAUGUGUCGCUGACCGAGAUCAAGGAGCUGUUCGCUGCCCAGUUGGGCGUGCCCAAGUCGGUGAUCGCGAUUUUUCUCCCCAAGAUCACGCACCAGAUGUCCUGCACCCCUGGGAGUGCAGCAGCAGCUUCCUCCAAGGUGGACCCGCAGAAGAGCGAGACCGUGAACCUGUGUGCGUCAGAGGAACUCACGGAAGAGCAGAUCGAGGUCGACAAAAAUUUCUGUGCGUGCGCGGGGAACCACGCCGACCUGGGUUGCCCCGAACACGGAGGUGGACCCAGCGCCACUGGGCAACAUGGGACAAAUGGUGGCACUUCCCACAUCGGGGCAGCCGGUUCCGGCUCCGCGUCCGAGCAACCGACCUCUUCGUCCAAUUUUAGCUUCAACCCAUUUAUGCACAUGAAUUUUCGCCUGCCCAUGUUUCAGACCCCGCCGCUGCAGAGCAAGCAGGGGUGUCGUCCGCUCGAGACCAAGGAGAUGAUCGUGCAGGUGCACGUGUUCGCCGACAAAGUGUUCGGCUCCCGGCAACUGUUCCAAAGCGAGCAGGUGCGGGUGGUGGAAAAGGCGGACGAUUUGUUUCAAUUUGCGGACAGUGGGUUCUUUUCGCACCAGUACCGCAACGGCGUACAGACGUCGCAGUCCGCCUUCAUCCCGAUCGAAGGCUUCUUUCAGCUGGCGCCCGGGGUGCAGUGGACGGAUAUCGUGGGGCAAAUCCGCGAGAAGUGGACCGAGGUGAUAAAGGAUGGUCACCAUCCAAACGCGCUCUGGCAUCAUCGCCUGCCAAAAGGAGCGCAGCACACGCGGAAGUCCAGAUUGCAGUACUUCGUCUUAUUUGUCGAUUUAUUUUCCAUUCGGUUUCCCUUCAAUUUUAAGUGCGAAAGUGAACAAAUCCGUUGCCAAUGAGACCAGUUUCACUCUACUUAACUUAGGUUUGGAUGUACGUACAAAUAGAGGUUAGGUUGAGCAAUAAGAGUACGUAUUCGUAAUUGUUUUGGUGGUCAAGAAUCUGGCCCACCUCGCUCCGGCGCUUGCGGGUGAAGUAUCGUACAUUGUCAGAUAGUAAACAUCACCGUCAGGUACAAGCUGGCUCCGUCCGAAGUCGCGCAGGAAACGGAAUGGAUGUUGAAGGAGGGCAGUGUGGCGAGCAGAAGCAGUCAGGAGCAGGCAGUUCUGCCUUCCGAGGAGGAGCUGCGGUCCGCCGCCGGCAUCCGCGAGGUGAGCCAUGGGCAGGAGCUGAUUAUCUGGGCCCACACGGACGCGGUUCGCAACAAGCGAACCAUCGACGCCACGCAGCCAGAAGACGAGGCCGCACCCGCGAAGCAGGCACUCGACCGGACGCAGGAUUUGUUCCAGAAACUGAACCAAGCUUCGCUGACCAUCCGCAGCAAGGAGGGGCGGGGUCACGUUGGCCGCGAGGCCGAGGAGAUGCACGGCAUCGCCGCAGCGGCGCAAAGUCUCCACGGCUGGCUGAGCAAGACGCCCGAGGACUACCCGGACGAGCUGGACCAGAAGGGCGCUUUUCCCGGCGUGUUUGUGUACUUCGACGAAGUGAACCAGAAGACGUAUGGCCUCGCCAGCUACUGGUUCCGCAAGUCCACCCGGAAGUCGGUCCGCCAGGGCCAGGCGAAGAAGCUGGCGGACCUGCAGCGCGCGCGGGAGGCCGAGAAGGUCGAGUUUGCGUGGGAACGGAACAAGCGCGACCGCGAGGACGAGCUGCAGAAGGAGUACGAAUUCGAGUAUUACGCGAGCUACCUCCUUCAGAAAGCGCAACUCCCCCCCGGAGCUCCCGCGUUCCAGGACGACCAGGACGAAAGUACGUUUUGCGGCCGGGGCGCCGCGGGCGCCGUCGGUUACGCCGAGUCGAGCAUCGGCGCAUCGUCCUCCACCGGGUCUCUGGCUGGUUUGGCGUACCCGCAGCCGCAGUUGAGCGCCGCCGGAGCAGCCGGAAGUAGUCCGUUCUUGACGCAGCUGUCGCCUGCGGCCGGAGCCGCGAUGUCCGCUGCCUCCCUGGCGGGUUGCGGAAGCGGAACACCAUCAACUGGCACAGUAAGCAACCCGGUGCGCAGCACAACCGCCGCGUCGACACCGGCCGCCGCAUCUACUACACUGGCACAGCAGCAGCAGCAGCAGCAGCCUAGCACUGCGGCAGCCGGGCCCGCUGUUGAGUUCGGGCCACCAUCAGCACAGAUGAACACCCCGCAAUCUUCGCUGGCCGCCGCCUCGCCGGGCAGUGCCGUCUUUUCGGAGCAGGCGAACCACUUCAGUAAGUGGAAUAGCCUGGCGCGCGGACCGAGUCCGUUCUCGGGCUGGGAGGGGGCCACCACCACGGGACCGCCGUCUUUCGAGUCAACGGUGUCGACCGGGUACUCCCACAGUGGCGCAGCCUCGGUCGCCGAGCCGCAGUGGGACAGCACUACGCCCGCCUGCUUCUCCGGCCAACAGCCGCAGUGGGGACCCGCGGGGAUGCCUGGACCGUCCCCCAUCUUCGAGGACGAAGACGUGGUGCAAAUGGACCGCCAGCGCAGCCGCCGCAGCCGUCCAAUAGGCAAGGGAAAAAGGCUCUGAAUCACUACACGAAGCUUUGUUGUAUCAUGAUUUUUCAACAGUAGAGUGCGAGGUUGUGGAAAGUCAACUUUUGCUACGUGUCACGACUAUCAUGUUGAAACGAAAACACAUGCCACUAAGCAGGGUGGUCGUAAGUCGCGGUAGAGAUUCAUGCGGCUAUCAUGAUUUCUUUGCACAUCGAAAGAGAUAGAAACGCUGUCUACUAAGAACACAGUCGAGGCUACGGAUACGAUAAGAAGAUCUUUUUUCCUCGCAUAGCACACCGGUUCCGCGCAGCUCGGCAUCUCGCAGGCCCGCGGGCGCGUGGUGAGCUCCGCUUUCCCGAGCAAUCAGCCGAAGGCGCAGACCUUCGGACCAUUUGUGCUGUCGAAGCGGGCACGCGAACCGGACGUUUCGGCGCGAGCGCCGAACGGUGGGCCCCUGCGGCAGUCCCAGAGCUUCUGCCUCGGGACGACGUCUUCGUCUGGUCCCGCUACAAUCGCCGAGCAGGAGCAGGAGCAGAUGGUCCUCGAUCACCUGAGCCGAAAUUCCGGCGGCUUUUUAGGGGCGAGUUCGCUGUUUCCCUUCGUCCCGUUCCGGCCCCACCGUGCAGCUGCGACUGGCACUGUCGCGCAGGAAGAGGCGGGACCGCCGACCCGGCAUCUUUCCGGCGCAGCGACCGCGCCCGUUCCGUUCAAACCACCCCCCUUUGCCAGCCUUGUUCCCGGCCUGGCGGCCGAUAUCGCACCAGGAAUAAACCCGAGCGGAGCGGGGGAUUUACAAGCGGAAUCGGACACCGACAUGGAUUACGAUGAGUCAGCGACCAAGAAGCACUGUGCCGCAGGGUUACGGGACCAUCACGCGGCGACGACGGUAAAUGUGCAUGCUUGAAGUUACCUUCUUUUUGAUUGUGCUACCACGGCCAUUCUUGAGCUCUUCGAGAAUAAAACAGCUUCUCAUCGACGUGUUUCAUGUACAAACUGCUCACAGAACAGAAUCAAAAACAGAAGACCAUCUACAUAUUACAUACAUGCAGGUCUCGGGGUCUCCGGUGGGUAGUUCUGUCGGGCCCGCAUGGCUGAAGACUGCAGUAGAGGUAAACUUUUGUGUUAAGCUAUGUGCUACUAGGACGAGAUUAAGCCUGUGCUGGCCAGGAGGGUCGAAACCUCGGGAAGAAUUGUAGAAGUACAAACAUGAUAGUGUUAGUGGCCACAGUCAAGAUUGAAAUUAAACCUUUUCACCAUCAUCGCAGGUGCGACUUAUGGUGUCUUUGCGGGUAUCGAAUCAGAAGCACACCGUUUCUGAUGAGGCUUGGGAGGCGGCAAGAGACCGACACAGCUGA